GCGGAGGAAGGCAGGAAGGCAGGCAGACAGACGGACCGACGGAGGAGGAGGAGGAGGAGGAGAAGGGGAGGCGGAGCAGUGCAGACCCGACCCCGAUGGCCGCGGAGGAAGUCACGGGCGGAGCGCGAAAGGCGACGAAAAGCAAACUUUUUGAGUUUCUGGUCCAUGGGGUGCGUCCUGGGAUGCCAUCAGGCGCUCGCAUGCCCCACCAGGGGGCUCCAAUGGGUCCCCCAGGCCCCCCCUACGUCGGGAGCCCUUCCGUGCGCCCCGGGAUGCCCCAGGCCGUGAUGGAGCCCACGCGCAAGCGGGCAGCGCCCCAGCAGGCGCAGCAGCAGCAGGCGGCGCAGCAACAAGCGCAGCAGCAGCAGCAGGCGGGGGCCGCCACGCAGAACCGGCCCAGGAGCACCAAGAGGAGGAAGAUGGCUGACAAGAUUCUCCCGCAGAGGAUCCGGGAGCUGGUGCCAGAGUCUCAAGCCUACAUGGACCUGCUGGCUUUUGAGCGGAAGCUGGACCAGACCAUUAUGAGGAAGCGAGUGGACAUCCAGGAGGCCCUGAAGAGGCCCAUGAAGCAAAAGCGGAAGCUGCGCCUUUACAUCUCCAACACCUUCAACCCGGCCAAGUCGGACGCAGACGACUCAGACGGCAGCAUCGCCUCGUGGGAGCUGCGGGUGGAAGGCAAACUGCUGGACGAUCUCAGCAAGCAGAAAAGGAAGUUUUCCUCUUUCUUCAAGAGUUUGGUCAUUGAACUGGACAAGGACCUGUAUGGACCAGACAAUCACCUGGUGGAGCUGCUGCACACUGGGUCGAAAUCUCCGUCAAGCUAUCCACUAAGAACCAAGGUCUGUUUCCUGUGGCACAGGACCCCCACCACCCAGGAGACGGACGGCUUCCAGGUGAAGAGGCCGGGGGACGUCACUGUGCGCUGCACCCUCUUGCUCAUGCUGGACUACCAGCCCCCCCAGUUCAAGCUGGACCCCCGCCUCGCCCGCCUCUUGGGCAUCCACACGCAGACACGCUCGGCCAUCAUCCAAGCCCUCUGGCAGUACAUCAAGACCAACAAGCUGCAGGACUCCCACGACAAGGAGUACAUCAACUGCGACAAGUACUUCCAGCAGAUCUUUGACUGCCCACGGCUAAAGUUUUCCGAAAUCCCACAGAGGCUGACGAACUUGUUGCUUCCACCGGAUCCUAUUGUCAUCAACCACAUCAUCAGUGUGGACCCCAAUGACCAGAAGAAGACGGCCUGCUACGACAUUGACGUGGAAGUGGAGGACCCCUUGAAGGGGCAGAUGAGCAGCUUCCUCCUCUCGACAGCAAACCAGCAGGAGAUCACAGCCCUGGACAACAAGAUUCACGAGACAAUUGAAUCCAUCAACCAGCUGAAGAUACAGAGGGAUUUUAUGCUCAGCUUCUCCAAAGAUCCCAAAGGGUACAUCCAAGAUCUCCUCCGAUCCCAGAGCAGGGAUCUCAAGGUGAUGACCGACGUGGUGGGGAAUCCCGAGGAGGAGCGGAGGGCAGAGUUUUACCACGAGCCGUGGUCCCAGGAGGCCGUGAGCAGGUACUUCUACUGCAAGAUCCAGCAGCGCCGUCAGGAGUUGGAGCAGUCUCUGGGGGUGCGUAACACCUAAGCGGGGGUCCCCGGCCUGGCUGGCCGGCCCCUGAGCCAGCGGACUGACCCAUCUCCCCGUGUGCCCCCCCAUCCCACAGAGGGUGGGCCUCCUUCACGACUGGCCAAG